AUGAUAACAGAAAUAUAUAGGGCAUUAACUUUUUGUGUGGUAAUUAGUGGAUUAAUUUUUAAUUUUUCACUAAUUUGGUUAAUUCUUCGAUAUACAAUGAAUGAAAUGAGAGUUUAUAAUCGAAUACUUUUACAAACUUGUAUUGUUGAUAUUUUUGGAAUUUUUGUAUUUGCUGCUGUUCAGCCGGUUUUUGUUUCUGAUAAUGGUAUUGGAACAGUAUGGGAAUAUGGGCCAACACAUUAUUUGCCAAAUCCCUGGCAAUCUAUUUGUUUUAUGUUUUUUGGAUUUAUUAGCAGAUUUACUAUAAUGAAUAUUUGUUCUCAAUUUAUUUUUCGUUAUCUGGCUGUUGUUCGGUGA